GCAGCUGCUGCUUCCUCCUACAGCUACCCCGUGGACCCACCCACCAAAACCUUGCGAGUUCCGCCGCCAUGGCGACCGGAGCACUGUUACAGCCGUGGAGCUUGCUCGGUUUUCUUGCGGCGCUCGCGGCGCUCUGGUGGGCGUGCCGGGUGCUGCAGUCGACCCUGAUCGUCCCGCGGAGGCUCGGUCGGGCCCUGCGGUCGCAGGGCCUCCGCGGCACGACGUACCGCUUCCCGUUCGGCGACCUCAAGGAGCUCGCGCGGUUGGCCGUGGCUGCCCGGGCCAAGGCCAUGCCGCUCUCGCACGACAUCACGCCGCGCGUGAAUCGCCUCUACUACAACGUCAUCGGGGAACAUGGUAAAGUCUCCGUCACUUGGCUCGGUCCCACGCCAAGGGUGAUCGUGAACGACCCCAAGCUGGUGCGGGAGAUCCUGGCCAACAAGCUUGGUCACUUCCAGAAACGCAAGCACGACGGCAUCGUCAGGCGGCUGGCCAGCGGGCUGGUCAACCACGAGGGCGAGAAAUGGGCUGCGCACCGCAAGCUCAUCAGCCCGGCCUUUCACCUCGAGAAGCUCAAGAAAAUGUUGCCCGCGUUUGCUUCGUGCUCAGACGAGUUGAUAGCUAGAUGGGCGGGUUACGUGGGGUCCGACGGAGCGAGGGAGAUAGAUGUCUGGCCGGAGUUCCAGAACCUCACCGGCGACGUGAUCUCGCGCACGGCCUUCGGCAGCAGCUUCAGCGAGGGGAGGAGGAUUUUCGAGAUACAGUGCGAGCAAGUUCAGAAUCUAGUGAAGUUGAUGAACACACUGUACCUCCCAGGUUUCAGGUUCCUGCCAACGCAGCUAAACAGAAGGCUGAAGGCGAACGCGCGAGAGGUCCAGGCGCUCCUGAGAGGCAUCGUCAGCAAGCGGGAGCGGGCCAUGAAAGAAGGCCGUGCCAACAACGACGACCUGCUGGGCGUGCUGAUGGAGUCCAACAUCGCUGAGACCAGACAGGACGGGAGCUCCGAGCCAGUCAUGACCAUGGACGACAUCAUCGGGGAGCUGAAGCUGUUCUACUUCGCCGGGAUGGAUACCACCGCUGUGCUGCUCACGUGGACGAUGGUCGUCCUGAGCGCGCACCCGGAGUGGCAGGAGCGAGCGAGGGAGGAGGUCCGGCGCGUCUUCGGAAACAACCGGCCGGACCUGGACGGCAUACAGCAGCUGAAAACCGUGACCAUGAUACUGUACGAGGUGCUCAGGCUGUACCCGCCGGUCGUGCAGCUCGAUCGGCAGACGCACAACGAGGUCGAGCUGGGCGGCGUCACGUACCCGCCCGGGGUGCUGCUCUCGCUGCCGAUCGUCUUCGUUCACCACGACAAGGACGUGUGGGGAGAGGACGCCGACGAGUUCAGCCCGGAGAGGUUCAAGGACGGCGUCUCCAGGGCGUCCAAGGACUCGCCGGCGUUCUUCCCGUUCGGCUGGGGUCCACGGAUCUGCGUCGGCCAGAACUUCGCGCUGGUCGAGGCCAAGAUGGCGCUCAGCAGCAUCCUGCAGCACUUCUCGUUCGCCCUCUCGCAGUCCUACACUCACGCGCCGUUCCCGGUGUCCACUCUGCAGCCGGAACACGGGGCGCAUCUCAUGCUCAAGAAACUCUAGUGCCCACAUCUUUUGCUCAAUUUCGACAAGCAUGCUACAACGAACUACCCAACUCUUCCAAGUACUUUGAUACUCCUAUUUGAUAUCUGAUCUUGUGAAAGACGUAGAAAUUUACAUUUAGCCUAUCUCGAGCAGCUUACUUUUUCUCAUCUCUCAUUUGAAACCACACUAUACAAUUACAGACAGUGUUUCUAUAGUAUUUUGCACAGAUAUAUACAGAUAUACUGGUCAUAGCCUUAGGAC